AUGGAACAUGUUACAGUCAUUCCUAUCAUGCUGAUAUUAAGUUUUCUCCAGUGUAAGACAGUGGUUUCCACUAGCCUGUCAAAUGGACAACGAGAUCUAGUGGAUGGAACUGGGCUACAUAAUGUUCUGUGGAUUAUUAAGAAUGAGUCAAGUGUAACUCUGUUCUGGAACAAUAACCUGACAAAAGAAGAAACAGAUAAAUACACUGUGAAGUAUAUUUUGAGUUAUAAAUUCUUCAAUACCACUCAUGAAAGGAAAGAAAGACUGCAGGAGAAGCAAAAGAGAAUACAUCUUGAUUUACAUCCUGGUUUUAACGCUAAAGUUAAAACACAACUUUUUGCAAAAGAAUCAGAAGAUGUAAUUAAGGAGGGUCACUGGACAGAAUUGAGUUACAAGGCACCCCCAGUGUAUAUUCAGAAUCUUUCAUGCAUCAUAUAUAAUAUUUCUUCUUUCAAUUGCACAUGGCAUAUUAAAGCAGAAGCUCCUGAAGAUAUUCAGGUAUUUUUUACUUGCAGACAUGUAAGAAAAGACUUUGAAUGCCAGCAAUAUAUACAAAAUGCAAGGAAGAAAAAUGUUGGAUGCCAUAUGAAAGAAAUAUAUUUCCAAGCAGCAAGAAAAAUAUAUUUGAACAUAACUGUCAGAGAUCUGAGAAAUAAUUCAGGAGGACUGUCUUAUUACAAAGCUUUUCUCCCUCAGACAAUAGAGAAACUGAACCCACCCAUCAACGUCUCUGUUUCCCUUGAAAACAGAAGUAUUAAAAUUCACUGGAAACCCCCACCUACUAUUGGUUCUGCAAGAAGAAAGUGCUUUUUGUAUCAAGUGAAAAUAACAGAUCGUAAGAUUGUAAAUGUCACUGCAGAGACGUAUGAGUACCCAUUUCAUAAGCCAGCAAAAAAAUGUUCAGCACAAGUGAAGGUGAAGAAAGAGGUAUGUGUAAGAAACAAGAUUUGGAGUGAAUGGAGCGAACCAGUGUUUAUUCACAAUGAAAAGACAUUGGACGUCAUGCUGCUAAGCCUCAUGGUGUUUGGUGUCCUGAUUUUCUUUGGAGGUUUGAUAUGUGCAUGUAGAAGGUAUAGUUGCCUGGAAGUUAUAACCAUGCCUGUUCCACGUCCUUCAGAUAAUAUCCAAACUUGGUUAGCUGCAGAUGAUAUUCACCACCAGAAAGAAAUGUCAAUGCAAAUGCAGAUGCAUUUAGAGAUCACUCUGGGAAUUACUCUAGGAAUAACCAAAGACGAUGGAGAUGAGAAUGUUCAACAACAGAGAUGUUUGAAGGAGUCUGGAUUAGAAGACCUGUAG